UCAAAAUCAAAUCGAAGAUUGGUCGUGGAAAAUCAACAUCACCAUCUUUCUUCCGCCAUUAAAUAUUUUCACCAUCUUCCUUCCUUCUCCAACUGCCAUAGACAAUCAAGAACCCAGAAACAAACUUUUAAACCUCAAAAAUGGGUUCUUCUCCUUCGAAAACCGCUUCUACUUCUCCACCGACAAGAAGAGGCGACACUCACCACCUCACAUCAACCACAUACGGUUCUCUCCUCCUCGUUGAUCUCGACGGAUCCAAAACCGUCUCACGCGACUCGCUCUCUCCUGACUCAGUCAUCAAUACGUGGGAGCUUAUGGACGGCUUGGACGACGAAUCUUACGAACUCGUGAGAAUCGAACAAGAGGAAGAAGAAGAAGAAGGUUGGGUACCGCUGUCUUAUAAACCAAAGCAACCUCUUCGGAAGCAUUUGUCUGAAGAAUCACUCUCGUCUGGUUUAGCCGAUCCUAGCCUUGUCUCUUCUCACAAGAAAGCUGUGUCUUCUAGUGCACAGGCCAGAGCAGAAGACAAGAUUGUGCUCUACUUCACAACCCUCAGAGGGAUUCGAAAGACGCACGAGGAUUGCUGUUGCGUUAGAAUGAUACUGAGAGGGUUUCAAGUGAACGUAGACGAGCGUGACAUCUCCAUGGAUUCGAAAUUUAGGAAAGAGCUUCAAAGCAUUAUUCUCGGAGGAGAUGCCGAGAAACCGGUUUGCUUGCCUCAGGUGUUCAUCGGAGGAAGCCACGUUGGUGGUGUAGAGGAGAUUAUGAAGCUAAACGAUAGCGGUGAGCUAGCUGAGAUGUUGAAAGGUUUCCCUGCUUGUGAAUCCUUGGGGGCAUGCAGGUGCUGUGGUGAUGCCAGGUUUGUGCCUUGUAGUAACUGUGAUGGUAGCACCAAAGUGUUCGAGGGGAAACAUGGAAUGUUCAAGCGGUGUUCCAAGUGCAAUGAGAAUGGAUUGGUGCGUUGUCUUGAGUGUUCUCUCUAAGUAAAACCUCUCGAUAGUAUUGGUUUUAUUAUUCUUUGCUUUAAACGCAAGAAACUGUUUUAUGUGAAAGAUAAUUUGCUUGUUCUUGGCAACAUUUUCCUCUUCUCUUC